UGAUUGGACAUUGAGGGUUGCGGCGAAUCUUCAAAUGACGAAUCUCACUUGAAUGUAUGGUUCUGAGAAACUUUUGUCUUGUGGGUUGUACAGACCCGUGUAAUGAAGUUGUUCGAGUAAAGGAUGCAUCAGGACACUGGAAAACGUUUUACGUGCGCGAUAAGUUAGAUACUGGUGGAUUUAGCCAAAUAGAUCUCGUUUUUGACAAAGUGUCUAAAAGAUCAUUCGCUUUAAAACGUAUCCUAUGCCAUUCAAAGGAUGAUGAAAGUAAGGCUUUAAAAGAAGCUAAUUUCCAAUUGAAUCUCCCUGAUCAUCCCAACUUGCUUUCCUGUAUCGCGAGUGGCCUACAACAUGUCUCUAGACGUAAACAAGGAGCUAUUUCAGAAGUUCUUUUGGUGUUGUCUUAUAGCAAGCGAGGUACGUUGCAACGUGAAAUUGACCAUAGAUCUGCACGUAACGUUAUGUUCCCCCUGUACCUUAUAAAGACCAUGAUGAUUGGUAUUUGCGAUGGCCUUAUUGCUCUUCUUUCUUUUGAUAUUCCAAUGUCUCAUCGAGAUAUAAAGCCUGGGAAUGUUCUUUUGUUUGAAGAAAUGAGACCAGUUUUAAUGGAUUUUGGCUCUGCCACUCCCUCCAUUCUUCCUAUUGAGAGCAUUAGAGAUGCAGAAAAAUGGAAGGAGUUUGCUGAGGAAAACUGUUCACUAACUUAUCGGGCUCCAGAGUUGUUUAAUCCAAUAACUUACGAAACCAUAACCGAGAAAGCUGAUGUUUGGGCAAGGACUUUCUUACGGCUUUUUAUGCCUGAAUACUUAUUUUAGUCCCUAGGAUGUCUCUUUUAUGCUCUGAUUUUUUUCAAAUCCCCAAUGGAUUUCGUUCAUGCGCGGGGUGAUAGUGUUGCUCUUGCUGCUUGUUCAGCUAAUAUAUAUUUCCCAAUAGAUUCGUGUUCAAAGUAAGUGUUUUUUAAAGACAUUUUAUGGUUAUCAAAAUAUUAUCGUGAUUUUGCGAUGGCUAAUCACCUUUUGAUCCGAUUUUAGGAUACAAAAUUAUUAAAGUAGCGAUAUGAAUAAAUUAUAUCUUUGUUUUACAUGCGAUUUCAAGUUGCUUAAUCUAAUGCCCACGUUAAAACCUGGUCGAUGAAGUUUAAUCAGCUCUAAGAACCAGUCUAACAUAAUAUUCGCCCCUCAAUAGAAAUUAGGCCCUCUAAUUUAAUCUGACAUCAUCAGCUAUCGCCUUGUUCUUGGACCAAGUUUUUUAAGAGUUCCACCAGAAUUGAUAAAGUUAAUGAAAGCAAUGCUGUCCGCUAAUCCUCAAGAUCGUCCCUCACUUACUCAAAUUGUGGAGUCCUUCAAAAACCUACCUGAAGAAAUCAUGUAUUGUAACAAUCAAAGUGCAAUAACUUAUUCUUUGUAAUCUUGACUUAGUUUGACUAAAUCCCACAUGAAAUCUAACCGUAAAUCUUUCAAUCUUCUACUCUUUCUCUAUACUAUUUACGAAAUACUGAGAAGUCUUUCUAAACUUUUUACCUUAACUUUUAUUCUCUGUACUUUUUAAUAUUCGACACAAUAUU